AUUGCGACAGGCUUUUAUCAGCACCUUUCCUUUCGACUCAUGGCUAUGGUCAGGGGCGGCCUCAUUUCCCUGAUCUAUGACAAGAUUGUCCAAUCGCCGUCGACGCAAGUCGGUGAUUCUGCUGCGAUGACCUUGAUUAGUACAGACGUCGAACGAAUCUGCGAGACAUGGCAUCUUGCGGUCGCCGAAAGUUGGGCGAGUGCCAUUCAGCUUGCUUUUGCUGUGUGGUUCUUACAGAUGCAAAUCGGUCUCGUGUGUGUCACUUCAGUCAUCGUCGCGUUGGUGGCGACCGCCAUGUCAGUCAGAGCGGCUGGGUUUGUGACUGCCCGCCAGAAGGUCUGGCUCGAAGCGAUUCAAGCCAGGAUUAACUUUACCGCACAUAUCCUAGGCUCGAUGAGAAGUGUCAAGAUGUUGGGGCUUAGCAACAAAUUUGAAUCUCUCAUACAGGGUAUGCGUGUUACUGAGCUGGACCUCUCCAAGAGGUUCAGGCGCUUGUCCAGCUUCAAUGUCUGCCUUGUAAACUUACCCUCGCUGUUCUCUCAGUUCUUCACAUUCGCGAUCUUUGCAAUCGCCGCCAAAGUUCAGGGUAACAGCUUUGUGACGGUGACGCAGGCAGUCACAGCCCUGUCCAUUCUCUCCGUCCUCAUGGAGCCUCUAGGCAAGAUGUUAGUGGUGAUUCCUCAGGCAUAUGCUGCCUUGGGUUGCUUUCAAAGAAUCCAGGACUUUCUUGCUAGCGAGUCCUGGGACGACAAACGACUGUCUGAGUGCCCGCUAGAAACAACGAAUCUGGAGAGCCACGAUGAGCCGGAUAUGAUUCAGGCGCCUCCGGGCAACAACCAUGUGGAAAUGAUUCAACGCUCCAGCCAUGUAAUCAAAGACAUGUCACUGCGCAUUGGCCAAAAUCAUCAUCUCACAGUCAUUGUGGGACCAGUCGGCUGUGGCAAGUCUACAAUUCUAAAGGCCAUUCUCGGUGAAGUCACCAUAUUCAACGGCUCUGUCUGGGUCAGUAGCAAGGAGCUAGCCUAUUGCGAUCAAAGCCCGUGGGUUUCGAACGGCUCCGUCCGAGAAAACAUUGUCUCGGGAACUGACUUCGACGCUGUUUGGUACAAUACUGUCAUUCACGCUUGCGCUUUACAAGUGGAUCUGGUGCAGUUAUCGGACGGUGACGCGACGAAUGUCGGGAGCAAAGGGGUUUCGCUCAGCGGUGGGCAGAAGCAACGCCUGAUGUUAGCUCGGGCACUUUAUGCGCGCAAGCCUAUCGCUGUCCUUGAUGAUGUACUGAGUGGCCUGGAUGCCGCCACCCACGACAUCGUCACCACGCGUGUCUUCGGAGCUGAUGGUCUGAUCCGGAAGCUGGGUAUAGCAGCCAUUUUGGCCACGCAUUCUGUGAGUCUAUGCGCCAUCGCGGACCAAACUAUCUUACUUGACGACCAAGGACAAAUCAUUCAGCAGAGCUCAUCUGAGAAUAUGGCUUCUCUUGCGCCACAGCUAGCCGGAGACGAUGGCCUUUCGGCGAGCUCAGAAAAUAGCCCACCUCCCAAAAUUUCAGCUGGUGAAACUCAGGGCUCAAGUACGAGACGAGAUGACAACCGACAGGUGGGAGACUUGUCCAUCUAUCUAUACUACUUCUCGUCUUUGGGAUGGCUUAGCUUCGCCUUGUUCGGUAUCUUCGUAGCUUCAAACGUGGCAUUCAGCACCUUGCAAUAUGCAUGGAUCACACUGUGGGCCCGAAACAGCGACGGAUCGCAAGCAUCACGGCUUGGUUACUGGCUUGGGUUAUAUGCCCUUUUUGGUGUUUUUACUGCGGCUGGUCUUAUUUCUGCGGUCUACUACAUGUACGUGGUGAUCGUACCUAAGUCUGCACAUUCUCUCCACUUGACCGUCCUUCGGGCAGUUAUACGAGCUCCAAUGUCUUUUCUCGCCAAGACCGACACUGGGGUGUUGGUUAACAGAUUUAGUCAAGACAUGCAAUUGGUUGACAUGACCUUACCCGGGGCACUCGUGAAUGCGAACUUUCAGCUUGCUGCGUGUUUCGCAGUUGCAGCGUUGGCCAUUGUCGCUGUUUCCUACUUCGCAGCUGUACUGCCCUUCGUCGCCUGCGCUCUUUUCUUCCUCCAGCGCUUUUAUCUAAGGACAUCCCGGCAGCUUCGACUACUAGACCUGGAAGCGAAAGCACCUCUCUAUUCUCACGUUCUGGAGUCUCUCCAGGGCAUCGCCACUAUCCGAGCAUAUGGCUGGACGAGCAACCACGUCGCCAAGAAUCUCGCCCUCCUUGACAGGGCCCAGAAGCCUUAUUACUUGCUCCUCUGCAUUCAGCGAUGGCUGACUCUUGUAUUGGGACUGACGGUAGCUGGGCUCGCGAUACUGCUCACCACCCUAGGCGUCACGCUCCGCAGCAGACUGGACGCCGGAUUCCUCGGCGUUGCCCUUGUCAGCAUGAUGAAUCUUGGCCAAUCCUUGGCUGCCCUUAUCACCUUUUGGACCUUGCUUGAGACGUCCUUGGGUGCCAUUUCGCGCGUCAAGACUUUCUCCGAGGAUACUCCGACCGAGAAACCUCGCGAGAUUGCGGAUACAAGAGUUCUCGCUGGCUGGCCCUCUCAGGGAUCGGUGGUCAUUGAGAAUUGGUCGGCUCACUAUAAUGGUCACCCCGUACUUCGCAACAUCGAUAUCUCGAUCCAGGCCGGGGAGAAAGUUGCCAUAUGCGGCAGGACAGGAAGUGGCAAAACCUCACUUCUUUUAUCCCUGCUCGGCAUGGUCGAGGAGUCUACCGGGAAGAUUGUUUUAGACGAUGUCGAUCUUGCAUUAGUACAUAAAGAUGUCACCCGCCAGAAGCUCACAUGUCUCACACAAGACCCUUUCUUGUUCGGCGGGAGUGUUAGGCUGAAUGCAGAUCCGCAUGGCGAGGCUACAGAUACUGUCAUCAUCUCUGCCCUGCAGAAGGUUGGGCUAUGGGAUAUCUUCCGAUCAAAGGAGAGCACAGAGAUCUCUCACCCUCUAGAAUUCUCGAUACUUGAUAUGAAGAUGGAAGAGGACUUCUUGUCCCAAGGGCAAAGAAAGCUUUUCUGCCUCGGCCGUGCGCUUUUGCGCAAGAGCCCGGUCCUGGUUUUAGAUGAGCCGAGCAGCGGUGUUGACGCCAGCACCGAAUCUUACAUAGGAGCCAUUGUCGAGUCGGAGUUUGCGACUAGCACUGUCAUCAUGGCAACCCACAGUCUCGCUGGUGUUCGUAGAUUUGAUAAGGUUGUUGUUCUAGAUGGGGGCGUGUUACUUGAGUAUGGUGAGCCGAAUGAGCUAUUGGCGAGGGUUGAUGGGGCAUUUGCGAAGCUCUAUGCUGUGCAACGUGGAAGACCCGAUACUUCUUCUGCGUAAGCAGGGGUGAUAACAAUACCUACAGCAAAGGGCAAGUUUCACUGUUAGUUUCGAACUUACUUGAUAUAAGUUUUCCAGUGGAAUAACCCCAUAAAAAGUACUGCACCUACAUAAUAGCCAACAAUCAAUCCUGCUUUGUAGUGUGCCAUUUGUAAACCAGAAGACAC